UAUCGAUUGAUUUCGAUUUCACUUUACUUCCUUUAAUGACGAAACAAUAGAAGAUGUUCUUAUGCGUAUAUAUAGCCACCAACCAAAGUAAAUUUAUCAGUAGAUCACUUAUCUAAAGACGAUAAACAACAAAAUUUACAAUGAAUUACAUAAACAUCCUUACAACUUGUCUAUUACUCCAAGUAUCAUUUAUAACGGGAUCGCAAUUCCUGCCAUCGGUCGAAGCACCUGUUGCAUUUCGACAAUUCCUUCCACCAAGCGUCUUCCCAUAUGCAAGUAGCGUCGCUACAGGAAUUUUACCAGCACCUGGAGUGUUAGCUCCAACUCUAUAUUCGGCACCACUUGUUCCAAAUGUAGCACCUGCCGUUGCUCGUGCUGUAGUUCCUCCUCCAUUUGGAUUUACAGGCCCACUUCUUCCGGCUCCUGCUGGACUGCAAGCUAGGUCAAUUCAUGCGGUGGCUCCUGCUGCAUUUCCUGCAGCAGCACCGGCUGCUUAUCCAGGAGUUGCACCCGCUGUCGCACCAGUUGCGUUUGCCAGGUGAUAAAGCGAUGCUUUAUAGGUACUAAAAAUAUUGUACGUAAUUUUAUAUGAAACCUACUUUUCCACAAUAAAAAUAUACUUACCUAAUAUAAAA